AUGGAUUUCAGUGGUAACGUAAAAAAUCCCUUCCUCUUCGACGACCCCGCGCCUCAAGCUGAGGUGGGGGAAUCAGCCGCCAAUCCUUUCCUUAUGGGUGGGGCCUUCGAUUAUUCGUCGGUGAGCUACACAGGGAUCAAUCCAUUUAGCGAUCAGAUUGAUGACUCCAACGCGGCCGCCGCCGGUCUCUUUGGAGAUCCUGCAGCCUAUCCUUCUGACAUGAAUCCCUUUGGUGUUGCAUCCCAGCCAUUCGGUGAUGCGGUAAAGGAGUCUGAUUUGUUUGGGACACCCAUCUCUCAAGCCCCAGAUUUCUUCGGUGGGCCACCAGUGACUGACUUUACUCAACCGGCAAAGCCUCCCUCCCCAGUGCCUCCUGCUCGACCCCCGGCUCCUUCAUCCCCCGUUGCUGACUUAAUGAAUGACUGUCCUUCGGUAGAAAGUAUGGCAGUCGCGCCAGGGAGGCCACCACCACCCAGACCGCCUCCCCCCUCAAAGGAGACGAAGGACCUCCUUCAGACCGUUAUUGGCGCCAUGGAGGCAACAACAGACACACUUCACGAAAAACUGACCACCACAAGAACGCCUUGUCCAUCACCAGGAAGCGGUGCACUCACUUCCCGCAGUCCAACGCCUGAUAUCCAGAUUACAUCCCCUAAAAAAGAUUCCGAUGCCUUCAGUGCUAUCUUUGGCCAAACAAUUGACAUGGACAGUGAUCACGAAAUUGAAGAGACCAAACCCGCAGCGAACACAGACGCACCGCCACCGACUUCUACCUCAGAAGACUUUGAUCUAUUUGGUGAUACUCCUGUCCAAAAGCCGAGAACCAAUCAGGACAUUCUCAGCCUGUUCAACAAGCCGCAGCCAUCAAAGUCACCCAAAGUGGAUUUGCUCUCAGACGAUUUACCAGAGUCGAAUGUCUCCGCUGAAAAUGAGGAAAAAGAUGAACAGAGCAUAUCUGACUUACUUUCUGGUGCUUCUAUCGAAGAUUCAAAACCCACAAUUACCCCUGACGAAGAUGUCCAUGCGACGCCUGCCGUUCCAGCUUUGUCAGAGGAAAUCACUGUGAAUGACACAGCAGCUGCGGCCACGGAAGCCCCAGUUACAAUUGACGGUACGAGUGACGUAAUUCCACUGGAAGAAUCGGUGUCUCCAGAGCAGGUGAGUGAAAAGACAGACAGCGAGCCCACCGUGAUCGAAGCACCUGAUCAAGAUACCGGUGAGGAGGUCUGUAAAAUAUCAGUAGCAGCCUCCGACGUCCCUGAUACAUCUUCUGUGGGAGAAGAAAAAAUAGAAGCCAUGGAAGUGUUUGGUUCACCCGAGCCUAUGCCUCCGACUGUAAAUAGCGAACAUUCCACCUCCCCUGGGUCAAGUCACCUCAGUACCCCAGUAAAGGCUGCUCCCCCAGAGCCUUCGGUAAAUGCAACCAGCUUCGAAGAUCAAAAUAAAUUUGAGAGUGCUGAUGCAUUUGGUAUGUCCGACAUACCGUCUUCACAGAGUAAAGUUGCGGACAGUCCUUUUGGCGAUACCAAUGCUUCGAGCACCGAUGCCUUUGGUGCCAUACCAGAUACGUUUGGUACCUCUGCUCAUUCUGAUACAGGGUCAUCACUGUUUGGAGAUUCAUCUGGGCCUUUCGACGAUUCCAUCCCCACAGGCGAUGCACUCUUUGCUGGUACUCCAGGUGCUAGUCUCUUUGGAGAUCUCCCUCAGAUGGCACCUCCAGAUUCUCCUGCUGCAGGGCUCUUUGGUGAUGUGUCGCAGGCAGCGCCCCCAGCUUCACCAGCAAACAGCCUCUUUGGUGAGACAGGCCAGUCAGCGCCUCCUGCUUCCCCGGCAGCUGGGCUUUUUGGUGACACUUCUUCUGGAUCAUCAGCCUUCGAUGUGUUCGGAAGCAGUACGGCACCAGUCCCAGCACCUUCGGGUGCAGAUUCUACUGGGGCAGCGCUGUUUGGGUCAGCUGCACCUGCACCUAAUGUGGGCAUGAGCCUCUUCGGGGGGGGUGCAGAACCGUCCCUUGAUAUCUUUGCGGAAAGUGAAGGAAACACCAUGGUGAACCCAUUUGCACAACCGACACCUGCACCAGCCGCAGUGUUGGGCGUGGCGCCGAGAACUGCUCCGGACAGCGUCAAGGUGGCUACGGAUGAGGAGUUUGAUGCCUUCUCCGCCAGGUUUGACAGUGCCGUAAAUGAAGAAGACGAACUGCAGCACGAUCCAUUUGCCUCCACGGCUCGAGCGGCCUCUCCGUGGGGCGACACGUCCGCGGCCGGUGGAGCUGGUGGCGAAAGCUUCGGGUUCGGUGACAGCACCAGCUUCGACCCCUUUUUGGCCCUCAAUGAACCCCCGCCGGUCCCACAGUCCACCCCGCGCCGCACCGCCCGCCAGCCCUCUGCUGACUCUGAUGAAGGGCCCAUGAGUGUGGUAAUAAAACCGGCUGGAGUGGACGCUUCAGGACUUUCGCCAAGGGCUGUGUCCCCUGUUCCCGUGUUGGCUCCGCCUCCGGCAGUAGUGGGAGCCGCUGCCUUCACCGACACUUCCCCGAGAUUCAAUCCCUUCGACCGUGGCGCAGAGGAUGUUGCAGAAGCUGCCGUUGACGCAAAAGCACGCCCUGGAGAGUUUGAAAGGACCGAUUCCCAAGAGACGCCUCCUACCCCGCUGUACGAAGAGGACCAGUCGCAGCCCCUGGAGCAGUUCCCGCGCACGCAGCUGUCGGGCAUUCUCUGGGAGAUGCACCUCCGCCAGCCAAACAAGAAAAAGAUCACGGGACAAAGGUUCUGGAAGAAGGUGUUCGUGAAGCUGACCGAGGGCUCGUGUCUGCAACUCUUCAACAGCAAGGAGGACAAAGAUCCCUUCCAGGAACUGCCCCUCCAAGCAUGUUACUCUGUAUCUGACAUUGGUAAGAAUGACAUUUAACUGUUUGUGAAUAUAGUGAGAUACAACCUAAAUCAUGUCACGCUGUAAAAUGUCAGAGAUCAAAAUCAAUGUACCUUUUCAUUUUACAAUACCCUAUUAGCUCACUCAUUUAAAAAAUAUAUAUUUUCGUUGAAUAUUUUUCAUAUAUUAGACUACGCCGGAGAAGGACCAGAGGGCAUGCCGGUGGAGCACGCGCCACAGAUCUCCCAACUCCUUAAGCUAGGCACGCAGAAUUACGAGGAUCUGAAGGUGUUCUCGUCGCUGGUGGAGGAGCAACUCUUCACGCUGACUGUGCAUCGAGACCGAGCACUCAAUUACAAGUCCGAGGAGGUGCAGCUGACAGCGGUGGACGAGAUUUAUGUGGAACAGGACUUGAAGGGCGUCGUGCAUCGCAUGAUUGCUCGGGUCAGGGUCUUCUUCCUCGGGUUCCUCUCAGGUAUGCCGGACGUCGACCUUGGUAUUAACGACAUGAGGAAGCAGGGUCGCGAGGUGGUUGGUCGCCACGACAUCAUUCCGGUCAUCACCGAGGAGUGGAUCCGUCUCGAGGCCGUCGAGUUCCACUGUUGUGUUGAUGGCGAGGAGUUUGAAAAGUCACAGCACAUCAAGUUCAAGCCACCAGACGCUUGUUACAUCGAGCUUAUGAGGUUCCGCGUUCGGCCUCCCAAGAACAGAGAGCUGCCUCUGCAGAUCAAGACGAAGAUCACCAUCCAGGGGCGGCGCGUCGAUAUUAAUUGCGACAUCCUUGUGCCAGGGUUUUCAGGCAGGAAGCUGGGACAGGUGCCGUGUGAGGACGUGGUGGUUCGCUUUCCGCUGCCGGAGUGUUGGAUCUACAUGUUCCGCGUGGAGAAGCACUUCAGAUACGGCUCCGUCAAAUCCGCGCACAGGAGGACGGGCAAGGUGAAGGGCAUCGAGCGCCUGAUGGGGACGGUGGAGACGGCAGAGUCAGCACUCAUGGAGGUCACGUCGGGUCAGGCGAAGUAUGAACACCAGCACCGAGCCAUUGUGUGGAGGAUGUCCCGCCUGCCCAAGGAGGGCCAAGGGGCCUACACCACUCACACCUUCUCCUGUCGUAUGAACUUAACCGCCUUCGACCAAAUGCCUGAAUCCCUGGACAGGUACUGUUACGUGGAGUUCACUAUGCCUGCCACCACCGUGAGCCACUGUGUGAUGCGCUCCGUCUCUGUCACCAGUGAGGACCCGCCGGAGAAAUACGUAAGGUAUUUGGCUCGCCAGGAAUAUCGCAUCGAGAUGGAGUUCUCGUCAGGCACAGGGCCUGCAGAAUACGUUGCCGCAACCAUGAAGACUCCUGAGCAACUUCAGAAGGAAGAAGAAGCUCGCAAACAGCAGGAGCUCAGCAAGCAGCAAAACAACGACUCGAGCAGCGACGACUCUUCUUAACAGUGUAAUGCUCAGGAGUACCCAACCCCUCCCGCUGUACCCACCACCUAGCAGGCUCCCAGGAAGGAUACAUUUCUUCCUGGGAGUCCUGCUUACUCAUCCAGAAAUAUUUAUUCGUAGCAGAGGGCAAGUGUGUGUGCGUGUGUGUCGUCAGUGUGAUGGUGCUGGUGCCAGCCGCUCUUGCCCGCCGGGAACUGUAAUUUAGUGAAAUUUCUGGCAGAUGAAUAUUAACUUGUAGUGCCUAACUCCGUAUUGUUAUUUUGUGCCAAAGGCAAUAUGUAUGAAAAGGUGAAGGUUAAAUAUGGAUACUGGACAUAAUAAUGACAGCCGAGGCAGCUCGAGGCUCCCGGCGCAGUAAGAGUAAUAAUAUACCUUCCGUGUCGUGUCAUGUCUUGUGACGCUGCGUGUCGUCGCCUCUACCACAGUGGAACAGUUCCUUAUAGUUGUUGUAUCUCAGAAAAUAAAAUCACAAUAAAAACACAUACAGAGAGAGGUCUACGUGAGUCUAUUGCUUCAGUGUUUGGCCUGUCUGUGUAGCUGUCUGGCUGUCGUGAAGCGGCGGUGUCGACGUGACAACUACUGUGACAUUACCGAAUACUGCUUUUGGGAAUUGACGAAGACAGACAAAUGCAGCUCCUUCAUAGUGUUGCACUGCUUGAAAGUAGGUCAAGACUCUUGCAGAAUACACAUCCCUUCCCUUCGACGACUUCUCCCUUAAAGACUUGUCCUGAGCAUGAUGUUAUGUUCAGUGACAGCCAGGUUAUAAGAGUGAUAGGUAUCGGACACGCUACAUUCCCAGUUCAGUAUUUAGUUUGCGGCACCAAAGCCACCGCAGACCAAUAAUCAUAAAAGUCGUAACCUAUUGAGACGAAUGACGCUGUUCCCUCGGUAGGACCUGAAGUACUGGGCCUGACACAUUUUCCUAUUUCUCCCUCUCUUCCUGCUGUUCUCGCCUCUUAAUCUGCUUCUUGCUUUCUUUGGCUUAGCAACUCCGGACAUCAACUAAUACUCAAUUCAAAGUAUUUUCAUCUGCCAACAAUCGUCAUCCAUCUCGUUUCCUCAAUCGUUCUGAAUCUUAAGCAUCGUGAUGGUUUGCAUGCCUAAAAUGAUGCUCUCUCGUCAUUUACAGUUUCUGAGUUUCUGCGCGACCUUCCACGCUGACCUAUUCACCUUCCUUGCUACUUAAUGCUGAUACUUAAGGCUCGAUCACUGUAAUCUUGUCUACAUAUAAGCAUGUAUAAACAUUAUCAAUCACGUAUUAAUACUAAAAAAAAAAUAUGGUUACACAUCAUUUAAAGCACAUACAAUCACUUCGGUGCACACACACACACACACACACACACACACACACACACUUAUUCACGUGUCUCGCCUAUAAUUUGUAGGUGAUAUUUUUUAGAUUCACUCAUGCCUCUCUCACUCUGCUUCCUCAAGUCACAGUGGCUCUCAAGGGUCCAAUCCAGCACACACGAGCCGUCUGUCUGUCUUACUAAGCAUUCUCAGCUGACCUGUGUAGAUUGUUGAGCAGCAGUAUCAGUGUGGAGAGCGGAGAGGAACAGCGAGGCAGCCCAUUCCUCAGUAGGUCUGGGGUGAUUCGCCUCUCAUGCUCUGCCUAACGAGACUCAGAUAAACUUUUUUUUUUAAUGAAUUUAAGUAUGACCAGUACACAGGCUCAAGUGUUUGGUCGUGGUUGUUGUAUAUAAGAUGUUUUAGCGCUUAAGAAUAUUUUGUUUCUUCGUUUGACGUUACGACUGGAGGCGAUGUUCAAGCCACAGUGACGUGUUGCAGCAACAUACCAAAGACGUAGGAGAUAAUACUCCACUGGUGCCGCCCCUCCUAUGGUGAACCUCACCCACCCGUCGACCCUUCAUCCCGAGGGUCGGCGGUAGUCAGGGUAGAUAGCCACUCAGGGGAGAGGCGGCGCUCAGUUACUAGUUUCUGUAAGUAAUAACUCUUCACGCUGUAAAAUAAUCCCCACCAUAUCCAUCGUGAUGUCGCCACUAAACGGCGAGUGUGACCGUCCGCAAAGACGUGCCACUCGCGGGAGGUGUGUGUGUGUGUGUGUGUGUGUGUGUGUGUGUGUGUGAUUGUGAGUGUGUGUGUGUGUGUGUGUGUGUGUGUGUGUGUGUGUGUGUGUGUGUGUGUGUGUGUGUGUGUGUGUGUGUGUGUGUGUGUGUGUGUGUGUGUGUGCAUUAAGAGGUGUGCAAUACAGGUAUCGGAAUCAGUUUCUUCUGUUCACAGCACGGAACCCUCGAUCUCUUCGGGUUCUCUGCCCGUGGGAGCGCAAGGGACCUGCGUUGAGGCAGUGACUGGCGUAGAGUUAGAUGUACAUAUAUGGCCGCCGUACCGACCCGUGGUAUACCUGUGGUGAGCGUUGCCACUUCUGUGUUAUACAAAACUUUGAAUUACAUAGAAUCUCAUUGUUUCAUUUGCUCUCUUACAUUAUUUUAAACUCGCCUGGGAACAGUUCAGUCCACCCUUCUCUCAAAAGACCCUCGCUCGCGCCUUGCUCGAGGAAUGCCUGAAACACCCCAAGUCAAAUAAUUUUCCCCUCAAGAGUGGGAGCGGCGCGUCGGUCUGGGGAGGGCAGGAGGGCAGUAUUCUCGGGUGGAAGGUUGGGAUGAGUGCAAUAUCUAGUCAUUAGGGUUAAGGUAUAGUGUAGUCUGGAAGUGUAAAUAGUGCAAAGUGUCUUCACCAUCAGCAGAACGUUCCGUGCCCACUCACCGUGGACGCGCCGAACUGCCCUCGGCCGGCCCGCCCAGCACGGGGGCAGCGGCGCCUCCAGCAGCUUGUGUCACCACCAGGCGUGCAGUGUCGUGCGGCGGGAUGUACCCAGUAAAUGUUACAAAAUAGUAUAAUGUCAAGUUGAUUUUUUUUUUCGAAAGACUGGCACACAGAUUCUCAUGGAUACAAUAUAUAAACGAUUCAUGUACUUAAAGGAAUAUAUGUAUUAAAAAAUCUUCCAUUGUUUACUGUAUCUAUGGCAAAAUAGGCAUCCAUUAUCAAGUUAAAAAAUUCAUAGUUUACCUACCUAAACCACGCCCCGGCCUGACCCCGCAGCGCCAACCCACCACUCCCCCUCUCCCUCCCUUCCCCUCCCCGCCCAGCCCUGGCAUGAGGGCACGGGUGGGCAGGGCGGACCGAGGCGGGGCCGGUGGUGGUGGUGGCGGCGUCGCAGGCUGGCUGGUUGGCUCCUCUGUAUGUUGUAGUGUCGUCCCGAGCGUGUGUGUCAUGUGUGUAGCCCGUAACGAGGCAAAAUAAAAGUGAAAUGUUGGAAUGA